AUGGACCUCACCAACCGCUCAAAGCCCAACUCCGUCGCGCUCGAAACCACCCUCCUCGUCCACGGCGUCCCCCCAGAAUCCUCCCAACCACUCAACGAUGAACUCGCACAGAUUGUCACCGACCAAGGCGCUCACCCGACACUCAUCGGACUCGUCAACGGCAAGCCAACCGUCGGGAUGACCAACGAAGAGCUCGCAUCGAUGCUCUCCGCAAACUCAGUCCUCAAAGCAAACACCGCCAACCUCGGCGUCGCGAUGCAUCAACAAGUCCACGCCGCGACCACCGUCAGCACCACGAUGGAACUCGCAUCCGCCGCUGGAGUCCGCGUCUUCGCGACCGGAGGAAUCGGAGGCGUUCACCACGGAUACGGCGAGCACCUCGAUAUCUCCAGCGACCUCGCCGCGUUCACACGCUUCCCCGUCGCCGUCGUCACCAGCGGCGUCAAGUCCAUCCUCGAUGUCGAAUCCACACGCGAAGCACUCGAAACUCUCGGCGUCCUCGUCAUCGGAUACAAGACCGACUCAUUCCCCGCCUUCUACCUGAGGGAGUCGGAUGCACAGGUCGAUGUCCGCAUCGACGACCCAAGCGAACUCGCCGCGCUCAUCUAUUCAGAGCUCAGCCGAACCGGACGAGGCAUCGUGGUCGCCAACCCCAUCCCACAGCAACACGAGCUGAACCACACCGACUGGAACGCUUGGUUGAGCGACGCCCAGACCCAUGCCAAGAGCAUCGGCGCCUCAGGCCGCGACGCGACUCCAGCGAUUCUUUCCCGUCUGCACCAAAUCUCUGAGGGCGCAACACUUGCAGCUAAUCUGGAGCUCGUCAAAUCAAACGCGGCCCUCGCCGGGAAACUCUCGGCUCACAUGAGCUCCAUGCGUUCCUAA